AUUUAUCAUAGCGGGCGCGGGUACCAAUCCUUAAGGUAUCCACGAUCUCUCGACCCCCUGUUUCGACCUCAACGACCUUCGCUCGCCCCUCAAAGUUUGGGCUACGGUAUCGUGAUGGGCUGGCCAGACUGAAACAGCUUCAACAACAUUCAUCCAGUCCUCGAUUCUUGCAAGCCUCAACUUCCUUUGCUCAUCUCGAAAACGUUUUUGGAAACAUCUCGUCGACCACUGAGCCUUUCGCAUCUUUAGAGCGCAGCACGCCUCGCAGAAUUAGCACGCUUCCAGGCAGGCAUCUUGCUGCAGGCAGACAUCUGUCGAGCUGCUUGCACUCCCGCGACGAUGUCCUUAUCCCGAAGUUCCUCAACUUCCUCUCGACGAGGGCGGCAAGGGGCGGUCUCUAUCUCUCGCCAUGUUCCAGACAGCUCCGUGAGCCCAACACGCACUGCAGCGUCACCCAGUCGCGACGCCUCGCCAAAUGGCGGAUCCACGACGGUCAACUCGCUGUAUCACUUGCAAUCUUCCAAUUUGAAAGAGAAGCUCGAUCAGCCUCACGACGACGCGCCACCUGGCGUUACGUUUGCAGAUGUGAACGAUGAACAGAUCAGAAGGUCUCCUGAUGCGGUGGAGGACGCUGUGGGCAGCCAGCUCGAAGAUGGUGCCAACGAUGUCAAGACAGAAUCAUCAGAUGGCGGACUUCCAGCGCGCAAGAAGCGCAACCCGCACCUCGUCAGCUUCGAGUAUCUCGACAAGGAAGAUCCGAGGAACCUUGGUAUAUGGCGGAAAUGGUCUAUCCUGGGCAUUGCAUUUGCGCUGGAGACAUGGGCGAACGUCGCCUCUUCAAUGGUCGCUCCUGGAAUCGAAGGGAUGGCUGACGAUCUCAACGUUUCGGUCACCAAGGCGCGCGUCACGCAAGCGGUCUUUCUGUACGGCUUCGCUGUCGGCGCUGUGGUGACCACACCCGUCUCGGAAGACUAUGGACGUCGGCCGACAGUCUUUGGAUUUUCUCUUCUCCUGGCCAUCUUUCAAAUCCCGUGUGCCUUGGCGCCCAACUUUGCCACUGUGGUCGCAUUCCGACUCUUGUCUGGCUUCGUGGCAAGCGUGGCAUUCACCUCGGUUGGUGUGAUCAACGACUUGUUCGAGGCAGACAAUCAAGGCUGGGCUGUCAACACGUUUGCCAUAUCUGCCGAAGCAGGGGCAGUCAUUGGGCCAGUGAUUGGCGGCUACUUGUUCGAAGCUGCUGGAUGGAGAUGGAUCUUUGGCCUGCUGGGUCUGGUACAGGCUCUCCUGAUCGUCCUAUACUUUUUCGGCGUCCCAGAGACGAGAGCGGGAAUCAUUCUUGCCAAGCGCGCCAAGCGCAAACGGUCGGAGACGGGUGACGACCGAUGGUUUGCCAAGCAUGAAGAGGAUAGGAAAGCACACACGGCCGCUGUUCUCAUUAGGGAGACUGUCACCAGACCCUUGUUCAUGCUCUUCACCGAGCCCAUCGUAUUCUGGUUCGCUCUGUUUGAUGGAUUCAACUACGCCAUCGUAUACCUCUUUCUCGAGGCAUUCGCACUCAUCUACGGCCAGUACAAUUUCAGCAUCGGCGCCCAAGGCUUGCCGUUCCUGGGAGUUCUGGUUGGAUUCCUGAUAGCCUACUUUGGAUACCCAACACAGAUGGCGUACGAGCGUCGUUCGCGCUCCCGCAACGAUGGAGUUCUGCUACCCGAAGCGCGUCUAGCUUGGAGUCUUCCCGGAGGUGUGCUCUUUGCCGGGUCGCUUUUCUGGUUUGCAUGGACCAGCAUACCGUCGAUCCAUUGGAUUGUGCCGACGCUAGCAGCGGGUCUAUUUGGCGUAUCCAGUCACAUCAUCUUCAUCGCGGUUUCGGAUUACACCAUCGAUGCGUACGGUCCCUUUGCAGCCUCGGCCGUCGGAGCGCAGAGCCUUUUGAGAGAAAUCCUUUCCGGAAGCGUUACUCUCGUGGCUGAGCCCAUGUACCACAACCUGGGCUACCAAUGGGCAUCCUCUCUUUUGGGUUUCAUCGCUGUCCUCUUGGCUUUUGUGCCUCCCAUCCUCUUUUGGUUCGGAUCCAGCAUCCGCAAGCGGUCCAGCUUCGCUCAAGAGAUUGCUGCAGCAGAAGAACACGCCAAAAGGGAAGCUCAGAUUGCCAAGAUGGUCUACACUAGAAGCUUGUCCAUCGCCCCUCAAGCAUGAUGUGCGAGGCUCGUCGAUCUCUGAACCUUGUAACUGGGCACAGUCCGGCCAUCCACCAUCUCAAGAUUUGCACCCCUCUUUGGUGAUGGUGGCGUACAACGAAUUGAGUUCUUCUUGUCACGAAUACAAUAGAAAGAUCUCAGCAUCGAUCCGAUACAAGAUAUCCACCGUACAUCAAAGAUUAUGUAGAGCGCACACUCAAAAUCAACAUGCACGAACCUAAGCACCACGCCGGGCGGCCCAUCGUGCGGCCAGCGAUUCAUAUCUACUCUUCAAGAUUAUUGAUGCCAUGCUUUACUUCAUAUCAAAGAUAGAGUUCGAGUCAAAGUAGAACGAUGCUUUCGUCUUAAUCAAAAUUUCAAUAUUCG